CUCAGAUCAACAAGAUCUUCUCCAUGUAUAAGAUGCUCAGCUUGGUUCAGGUGCUUGUUUUGUUGUGCUGGGCCUGCUGCUCUGCUGCCUUUUCUGUCUCCAAUGGAUUGCUCUCCAUUGGGGCCCACGUCGAGAGCUUUGAUUCUCUUCAGGCCUUACAACAGCCUCCAAAACAGCUUGAAUUCACCUCCAGAUCUGAUAGUAUCAAAUUGUCUUUUGAGAUAUCUUUGUCUUCUGGCUCAAUUGCUUCGAGCUCUUUCUCUAAACCAAUUCAAUGCAUUGUCUCACUAUCCAAUGAACUCCACUACAAGGACAAUGUACAUUCUGAGAAUAAUAUCCUUGAAAACUAUUACUAUCCCACUAUUAAUGACAAUGGAAAAGUUGCUUUAAAAAUUGAUUUAAACAAAAUUCCUAAAAACUUACUACUCAAUUCAAAUUCGUUAAAUCUAAACUUAAUUAUAGCAAGUUACGAUUCAAACUCAAUUGAGGAAAACAUAUUUCAAAAGAAUUUAUUUAAGAUCAAAUUUUCAAACGAUUUAAUUUCUUCCCAUCUCAAUUCUAAUUCAAAGGAUAAAAAGAAACACGCUUCAAAUCUUAACUCAAAUAAUAACAAUAACAAAAUUAACUCUUUUAAACCUGAAAUUUAUCAUAUCUUUAAUAAAGUCCCCGAUCAAGCAAAUAAAUCAUUAGAAUUACUUUAUUCUUUCUUAUUUAUAUCAAUUUCCAUCGCUUACAUAUCGUUUUUAAAUUUCAAAAUUUUAAAUCAAAAAGACUCUAAUUCCAACUCAAUUUCCAUUUUCUCAAAUUUGAAAAACUUGAAUGCAAUCAUAUUAAUAAUCUGUCUAUUUUCAUUUGAGGUUUUCUUUAUCCAAUAUUGGAGAUAUGAUAGUAUCUUUAACGUGUUGAUCAAAUUUUUCUCUUUAAUUGCUCCAACUCUAUAUUUUGGUUCAAAAUUUUUGAAAAAUAUAUAAACAAAUAUAUAUACAAAUAAAUUAUAAUAUAUCUAUAAUCAAUAUACACCGC